CUUCCAGCGCGAGCAGGCGGCGCGCUCCGGAGGGAGAGCUGGGGCUGGAGGUUCCUACCCCCUCGGCGGCCCGCAUCUGCCCCCGCGCUCCCGCCCUGAGCCCGCCCCGACUGGGCAGGCGGGGGCGCCCCUACUUCUCUCCCCCCGGGCGGGGGAGCCGGGGGGCAGCGCCGGAGCCCGGGGGGAGCUCAGCCCCGCCGACCGGCCGGCCAGGGCAGGGGGCAGCUAGGACGGCCCCGGUCCAGGUGGAGGCCGCAGAGGGCCCAGGGCAAGCAGAGGCAGCAAUGGUUGGUCCUGACGGUGGCUGAGCCCCCAGCCCCUGGAAUAUGCAGCCCGGGGGAGCCCCAGACAGCGGCAAGGACGAGGUGGCGGAGUGGGGCGGGAGGCAUGGUCUCCACCUACCGGGUGGCCGUGCUGGGGGCGCGAGGUGUGGGCAAGAGUGCCAUCGUGCGCCAGUUCUUGUACAACGAGUUCAGCGAGGUCUGCGUCCCCACCACCGCCCGCCGCCUUUACCUGCCUGCUGUCGUCAUGAACGGCCACGUGCACGACCUCCAGAUCCUCGACUUUCCACCCAUCAGCGCCUUCCCUGUCAAUACGCUCCAGGAGUGGGCAGACGCCUGCUGCAGGGGACUCCGGAGUGUCCACGCCUACAUCCUGGUCUACGACAUCUGCUGCUUUGACAGCUUUGAGUACGUCAAGACCAUCCGCCAGCAGAUCCUGGAGACGAGGGUGAUCGGAACCUCAGAGACGCCCAUCAUCAUCGUGGGCAACAAGCGGGACCUGCAGCGCGGACGCGUGAUCCCGCGCUGGAACGUGUCGCACCUGGUACGCAAGACCUGGAAGUGCGGCUACGUGGAAUGCUCGGCCAAGUACAACUGGCACAUCCUGCUGCUCUUCAGCGAGCUGCUCAAGAGCGUCGGCUGCGCCCGUUGCAAGCACGUGCACGCUGCCCUGCGCUUCCAGGGCGCGCUGCGCCGCAACCGCUGCGCCAUCAUGUGACGCCUGCGCGCCCCUCGGGCUGCGCCGGCACUGGCCGAGCGGAGGGCGGGGCCGUACUGCGGGGCUGGGGCGGGGAGCGGGCGGGAAAUGGAACUGUGACGGUCCCGGCCUGAGGCCCCUGCAGCCACGCAUCUCCCGGUGAGAAGCAGAGCGCGAGAGGGAGCCCUCCGUAACUGCCCAGCCCUGCCCCUUGCCCCCGUGGCUUCCUGGGACAGCCGCCUUCAGUGCUGUGUUUAGUGCAGUGCCCGGCCCGACCCGCGGGGGUGCCACAGCCUUUUGGGAUGGGGGUGAGCGUGCAAUGGAGGCUGGGGGUGGCGAGGUGCCGCCUUGGCCGGGCCCCCACCUGUCUUCUCCAGAAUGUGUCUGUCUUUGCCUGGUGUCUUCCUUUCCCGUGUCCGCCCACCCCAGCGUCUGUUGGUACUUACCUGUCUCACCUACCCUCCAGUCCCCUCCCAGCUCCGCUCACAGGGCUCUCAUUUCGUCCAUCCCCUUGUCGCAGAUCCUGGCAGCUUCUUUGUGAGGCCAGGCCUUCUGACUGUCAGCACCACCGGCACAGGGCAGAGAUGCGGGUGGCCCAAGGACCACGAUCAAGGGGUCCGGGGGACCGAGGUCCCAGAUCAGUGAGGGGAGAAGGUUGAGCUCUCCGGCUUCCAGGGAGACCUCCCCGCCCAGCAGCCCCCAGAGACACAACAACCUACCUUCCAGCCUUAACUCGAUGGUCCGUCCCUGCCAGGUGCCCCUCACUCUUCCUGACCCCAAAGCCAGAUCACCCCCUGGGUUAAAACUUUUUUUUUUUUUUUUUUUUGGACAGAGUGUGGAAAGGGAGCCCCCCAAAGGAUAGCUUCUUUUUCAUGAUGCCAGGCUCCAGUCCUUUAUUCCCUUCUGCAUACUGCAAUCUGAUCUGUCAGACUGGGGAAUGUUGGGUUCUGGGGUCUGGUCGUGGAAGGGGGUUAGGUUGUCCCAGUGAAAAUUCUGUUGCCCCGUCUCAACCCCAUCUGACUACCCCAGACUCUGCCUGCCUCAGAUCUCAGACUAUCCUGAUUAAUCUGGGGAAGAACAGAGCCAGGGAAAGAAUGGUGGGGACCCCUGUACUUGGGGGAGACACACCUGCAUCUUCCUCCUGCCACAGAUGGAGGCCCUCAGGAUCUGACACCCUCUUGUCCCAACACCAGUCAGCCCUAUACCCUAACUCACUCCACCCCAUUUUCUCCGGCUGCCUGGCCGGGUUUCUACCUCUCGUCACCGGAGCUGAUCACUGUCAGUUUUGUACCGAUUUAGAAAUAACAAUAAUAAUGAAGAUUCUAGGAAUGGCAUGAGGGAUUGAUGGAUGGGGGACUUGGAGGGAGGGACAAGUGGUGCCCUGUCCCCUGCUCCCCUGGCCAAAGAAAGCUGUCCUUGAGGCUGAGCCCUCAGCCCUGGCCUGGUGGGGGGACAGCAAGGUCCCUUGUUAUAAGAGGGGCAGAGAGGACAACUCCGCUUUGGCCAACCUAGCCAAGGCUGCAGCAUAUAGACCAGGAAAUCAGGUAGCCCAGAGUGGUGAUGGAGCAGAGUCUGGGGGAAGGGUCGUGGGUGGGGAAUUUAUCACCAACAUCCAUUGUAGGGGGAAUCUAUGAUUCUGCUUCCCCAGCGGAUUCCCACUCUGUCCACCAAGUGGGGGGUAGCACAGCCUCACAGCAACCGCCCUGACCUUGGGCAGUCUAGUGUUCCUGCAUUCUAGUCCCUGCUGUGCUGCAGGACUUUGGGCAAGUGACCUGCCCUCUGUGAGCCUCCCUCUGACACAGAGGAGGUGGCUCCCCUUCCCCACACCUUAGAGUGGCUGGGAGGGUAACAAAGAGGGCCUGCCCCUUUAGUCUCCUGCACCCCUGCCCCCUGGUUCACCAGAGGGAGCGGAUGAAGGAUGGCAGCAUCUCACAUGCCCCAUCACCAACUCUGAGGCACCUGGGGUGGGGGGGCGGGGCCCAGGCCUCUGGCUGCUCCCCUGUGGGAGCCAUUGGAAUGUAUCCCCUGACAGGCCCCCUUCCGCCUCCACCUCAACCCAGGUCUUGGAUUUCAGGUCCCUCCACCCCCAUUCUGAGUCUCUGUCCUUCUCCUUCCACCCCCUCCCAGGGUUUCCCACCACAGGGUCUGGAAGUGUGUGUGACGCCCAUUGAGCUGUUACCCGAAGUCAGAUUAAAAAUCAGGGAGUGUUUUCCCUCGUUUCUGUA